GGCUGCUCGACACUUUUUCUCUGCUUGCGCUCUCAGUAUAAUCUAAAACGUUUCUAAUAUUUAAUAUUUCGUGUUAACGGUCAACUUAUUAUUUUUCGUAAUGCCUGGACGUCCUUUGUGGCAAGUGGCUGGAAAGCGUGAGCCGGAACAGGAAACUGAGGCGCAGAAAUGGAUUGAACAAGUUAUCGGUGAGAGGUUUCCACCCGGUGUUGCCUACGAAGAUGCUCUAAGAGAUGGAAUAAUCUUGUGUAAGCUAAUGAACCGUCUAAAGCCUGGAAUAAUCACCAAGAUCAAUACCUCAGGCGGUGACUACAAAAUGAUGGACAAUCUUAACCAGUUUCAAAAAGCAUGUGUCAAGUAUGGAGUACCAGAUGUUGACCUCUUUCAAGCUGUUGAUCUAAUGGAGCGUAAAAAUAUCGCACAAGUUACCAAUACGAUUUUUGCUAUUGGGCGCACAACUUAUAAGCAUCCAGAAUGGCGUGGACCAUAUUUGGGACCAAAACCAGCUGAAGAAAAUAAAAGGUUUUUCACAGAAGACCAGCUGAGAGCUGGUGAAGCAGUUAUUGGUCUGCAAGCUGGUUCCAACAAAGGAGCCACUCAAUCGGGACAAAACUUUGGUGCCAGCAGAAAAAUCCUUCUUGGAAAAUAAACUGAAAUAAAAGACUUAACUUGUGUGUGUGUUAUGAUUUGUU